AUGUCUACACGAUUUGGCCGGUUCUUUACGAUCAUAAUUUUCGGAGCUUAUCUUGUCAUUUCGACAGAGGCAUUCCCAGCUGACUCCUACACACCAAGACCUGAGCCCCGAGCCCUCGAAGUCACAAACGCAAAAAACCUCAGGCAGCACAUCGAAGUCUACGGUAUACCAUACGGGGUUCUAGGCGCUGUCUCUCAUGCCCUCACCUUUUACGUUAUGCUCUGUCACUUCCUUGGAGUGAGGCCUUUGCUUCCGUGGAUGGCACUCAAGAAAGAACGCUGGAAUAUCACCGUAGUCACACUCUCCUCGCUCGUCUCCGUCAUCCUUGCAGGCGUUACCAUGGCUCGCACACGAGGAUCUCGCCCACUACUAAUACUUGCCGGGAUGCAGAUCGUACUCCACGUUCUGGUGGACAUCAUCCAUAUACACUGUAUGAUUAGCGAUCGACGUAAUUUUGCAUGCUUCUGGGCGGUCCCACUUCUGGUCGUGUCGUUCUUCUCAAUAUUUGCUUUUUACUCAUUCCCGUUCGAAGAUGAAGAUGGCAGAGUUGGAAGCCUUAUCGGCUCUGCUAUCUUUAUUGUGUUGCUUGUAUAUAUUGGGUUGACCGGGCUUGCAACCUUGAUCAAUAUGCUGGCGAACGGGUCUACCGUGAGUGGUGACAUCAACGAACAUAUCUGCUGGGGCUACCGGUUCGAGUGGACGCCUGAACAUCUGACUCCGGAGCAGAUGAAACCUAUGAAGUUUUCGUACGAUGUUCUGGCAGAGGAAUGUCUUGAUCGUUUGAACGCUAUCUCGCCACCGCACAAGGGUGCUUUGCCAAGGAACGAUAGUAAUCGUGCCGCGCUAUCGUCAGCUCCGGGCACCGAGGAAGAGAAGAAGGAACCAUUGCCGGUACCUAAGAGGGACCUCUACACUUUACUGGAAGAGCAUCACGACUCCGAUCCCAAGCUUGCAGAGCUUUGGCGCGAAGUACAGACUGUACCAGAUUGGGUAGACUGGGACCAGAUCGCAAGAGGGCAAGAUGUGUUCUACCGCUACGGUGGGCCUGCCCUGACUGGCCUUACUUUCCAAUCGCUACUAGGAGGAAUGGGCGCCGCGCGAGUGGUCGAGACAUUAGCACGAACUGGAGGCUUUAGCACAAAGGUCGCAAGAGGCAGACUCUUCGAAACCACGCAGCAUAUCCUCCAAUGCACACGAACACUAGACGGACUCAAACCAGGCGGGGAGGGAUUCGCCUCGUCGAUACGCGUCCGCUUCCUGCACGCCGCAGUCCGACAACGCAUCAUGAAGCUCGCUAAGGAGCGACCCAGUUAUUUCGACGUCGAAGAAUGGGGGAUACCGAUUAACGAUAUGGAUCAGAUAGCAACGAUCGGUACUUUCUCCUCUACACUCAUCUAUCUCAGUUUCCCUCGCCAAGGCAUAUUCCUUCGGAAGCAAGAGAUUGACGACUACCUAGCCCUGUGGCGGUACAUCGGAUACCUGAUGGGCACGCCCGAUGAAUGGCUGUCGACCCCAGUAAAGGCAAAGGCCAUCAUGGAAUCACUUCUCUACCACGAGGUCGACCCCUCGGAAAUGUCCAAAACAAUGGCAAACAACAUCAUCUACGCCCUCAAAGAAGAGCCUCCAACUUUCUCCUCAGCAGACAUGCUGACCGCCAGUGCACGCUGGCUGAAUGGUAAUGCGCUCUGCGACCGCCUCGGUUUAAAGCGCGUCUCCGCAUACUACUGGUCGCUCAUGGCGGGCCAAUGUCUCUUUUUCAUCUUCUAUUGCUACACAUAUCGUUUUUUCCCUGAUGCGGAUCGUAGACGAAUAGAUCGUGCGAAGGACAUCUUCUGGCAGUUGAUAGUGAAGGCGAAGUGGGGUUUGGCAGGCAUGGAAACAUCGUUUGAUUUCAAGUAUGUGCCACAAUAUGAUACCUUGACACAUCUGGACGUAUCAGCACCAGCCUUUAUCACAAUAGGAAAACGCAAGUGUCCUCAGAACAAAAAGCAAGAUGGCGUCUGUGGCUGCCCUUCGUUUUGGAGGCGAUCUAGGGCCAAUCCACUAUCUAACGUCAAGGACUUGUCUACACCAAGUACAAAGCUCCCUCCCGAUACUAUUGUCAUUGACAGAGAGCUUGAGGAUGACAGCGACUUGCAUCAGCGAAAGCGACAAAAGCGAGAGUAUAAUUUCUUCCGUCAAGAUGGCGAGUUAAUUCCUGCGAGAUUGAAGCUCUCAACGUACACGAAUAGUAAAGUCUUGAUUGCAAAGCAUCCUGAAGACAAACAAGAUAUCGCAAAGAUGAACACACAAGCACAGGAGAAGGCGGCCGUAAAGGAGAAGGCCAAGGUGAACACGCCGGUACGGAUCUUGGUCGACUAUGUCUUACCCACUGAUGCUGAGCGGUUGGAUUGGGAUACAGACGAAGUCCGUAUAAUGGCUGGCGAGAUUGAGGGUGGAGGAUACAGGGCUUAG